AUGACUGUUUAUAAUCUUCCAGACGAUAUAACAUUUACUAAAACAAUCAUUGAACCAGGUCAACGUCUUUAUGCGCCUAAUGAAGGACCAAAUUGUAAAGUAAUUAUUAAAUUUUUACCAAUUGAUUAUGCACUUAAUGAAAAUCUAUAUAAUGAUCUUCUUCCUCUUAAUGAAGAAAUUAAUAUUAAUGUUGGAUUUUAUUCAACAGUAAUAAGUAAUUAUGUACACAAAUGUUUAAUAACAAUGAAACCAAAUGAAUUAUCUCAAUUAAAUUUUAAUUAUUCUUCUGAUUUAAAUGAAAAUCAAAUAAUUACAAUUUUUAUUCAUUUAAGUUCAUUUGAAUGUUUUCCAGAAAUUUAUUCAAUGUCAAUUGAUAAUCUUUAUAAUUUUGCUUUUAAACUUUAUCAUCGUUCAUUAUGUUAUAUAUUAAAUUUUAUUAAUGAACAACCAACAGAUGAACAUAAUAAAAUUUUAGAAAAUUUUAAUCAACUUAUUUUAUCAAUUUAUUUAAAUAUAUCAGCAUGUCAAUUAAUUUAUGGAAAUAAUUUAACAUUAUAUCGUCGUGGUUAUGCUUAUGCUAAUUUAAAUGAUUAUGAAUUAGCAUUAAAAGAUCUUCAAUUAGCAAAUAAACUUGAACCAAAUGAUGAAAAAAUAGAAAAUUUUUAUUCAUUUACAGUCAAAGAUUGGCAAGGAAAUGAUGUUUCAUUAGAACAGUAUCGUGGAAAGGUUUCAUUGGUUAUUAAUGUAGCUAGUGAAUGUUCACUUACUUAUGAACAUUUUGAAGCUCUUGUUGGUCUUCAACAAGAACUCAAUGUUGGUGGUCGAAAUAUCUUUCAAGUACUUGCUUUUCCUACUAAUCAAUUUGGAUAUUAA